AUGCGUCUCCUCAAUGUCAACACUCUUCAGCUGAAAGAGUUCGCAGAGCGUGAGCAGCCACCGUAUGUAAUCACCUCGCACCGCUGGGGCAACGACGAAGCGACGUACAAAGAUGUACGCAAAGGCCACAGUCAGGAUACGGCUGGCUUCAAGAAGAUUCAGGCUUUUUGUGCAUAUACGAAGAAAUUUCUCAUCAAGGCUGAUGAACCAUCGAUAGAAUGGAUUUGGAUUGACACAUGCUGUAUCGACAAGAGCAGCUCUGCAGAAUUGGCUGAGGCUAUCAAUUCCAUGUUCCAAUGGUACGCUGAGGCGGAGUUGUGUCUUGCUUUCCUGCACGACGUAAAGCACGAGAACCCGAGGCCAGGGUAUCACCAUGAACAGGCUCCCUUUACUGGCAUGUCAGCAGCACAGCGACGGUCUGUGGAGCACAGCGUUUGGUUCACACGUGGCUGGACUUUGCAAGAGCUCUUGGCGCCGACGGUAGUGUUCUUCGUGGAUGAGACGUGGAGGUUUCUGGGCUACAAAGGUAGCAAGACGGAACCGAUACUAUUGGCAUCAGGUGGCUCGAACAUCAAUGAUCUGAUUUCGGACAUUACCGGCGUUCCAUGUGAUAUUCUGGAAGAUUUCGUGAGGGCUAGAGAUGUGAGUUUGGAGGCUAAGCAGCGGUGGAUGCUGAAUCGAACCACGGCUAGAGUGGAAGAUAUGGCGUAUUGUCAAUUGGGUAUAUUCAAUAUCUUCAUGCCGUUGAUCCACGGUGAGAGAGAUCAGGCCAUGGAACGACUCCGAGAAGAAGUCAAGCGGAAGUAUGGAGAGGAUCUACGAGAUACCGCUAGCUUGAAGGCAAAGACCAAGCAGUUGGGAGAGGAUCCCCCUGCACACGCGCUGGUAACAGCUUCACAUCACGAUGCCUCGGGACUGGAAGCCAUCGCGCAAUGGGACUACGAAGCCCGAGAAGAAAAUGAAAUCUCCUUCCAUGAAGACGAACGUAUCACGCACAUCGAGAAGGUACACGAAGAUUGGUGGAUGGGUCGCAAUGCAAAAGGAGAAGAAGGACUAUUCCCAGAGAACUUUGUCAAAGUUGUCGAAGAGAGAUCCCCAGAUCCUGCAGCACUCCAAACCCCUACAGUCGAAGACGAAAACCUUUCCCGCGAUAUUGAUGCGAAGGAGAUAGACGCAUCCAUCUCUAAAGAGCAGACGCCGAGUUCUGCGGGUACUGCCCACGCCACCGACGCCCCCUCACAACCGACUCCAGCGGCGCUACACACUUCAGAAUGGAACCAAUCUGAGGCAUACAAAAAGUCCAACGACCCGAAACCCGACACCCUGAAAGGUUUCCGAUGGCUAAGCGGUCUCUUCUCCACCAAGGACGAGCCGAAAGAUGGCGAUGGUGACGGCGGCAAAGUCUGGGUAUCGACAUUACCGCCCUCAGACCAAGUCGAGCGACAGCGGGCAUCGCAGCGACGGAGAGCCAACUUAAAGGGCGCACUGGUCGAAACCACCACCCAGCCGAGCCAUGCUCCCUCAUCAAUGACACGCCGCUCCACCGCUAGUUCCACAGCAUCAGGCGUGAAAGCCCGCGACAAGGCGCGCCAGCAUAAACGUGCCGGCCGCGGGUUGAAGAGGGUCAAGGAUGCUGCGGCGUCGACCUCUACACCGGAAAGGUCCGAACGAGGAGACGGAAAUAUCGCAGCGUUAGUCCGGCAUAGCUACGAAGCAGUCGAAGAGAACGAGAUCUGCCUCGUUGCUGGGGAAGUCGUCUGCGGGAUUGAAAAGGUAGAUGAGGGAUGGUGGACUGGGAACGAUCACCUGGGGAACCGGGGCGUGUUUGCUGCUAAUUUCGUUGAGGAGAUUGAGGGUGAUGCUACCUCCUAUGCUGGCGGAGGAGAUGGAGCGUAUGAGUCUUGCCGAGGGCGCGGGGGAGUGGGCUAG